AUGGAUCUUCCCGGGACGUGGCAGACCUUGACAAACGUCAAGGAGCAUCGGAAAGAUUUGGAGAUCAUCAAAAAGCAUGUUGAGGACGCCUUCAAUUCACUCCCGACGUUUGUGGACAUGCAUUUGCUCAAAGACGAUGCACUGAUUUCCCGCUUGCGAGCGUCCUAUCCCUACGUUAGCUAUCGCGGAGCCGGCAGAGACCAUCGCUUUUCGUUCGAAAUCGCUUUCAGGGGACUCUGUCGCAUGAAGGCCACUGCCAGUGGUCAGGAUAAGACUACGACACGAGUGUUUUACGAUCGUAUGAAGCUGGAAGUUUUGACAUGA